CUCUCUUUUCUCUUCUCCUCUGGGGCUACUAGCUACAUAGACGCAUUUUUGGAUCAACCCAACCCAAUUUAACUCAACUUCAUCGGCCAUCAUGUCUUCCACCAUGACCAAACAAGACGACGACGACCGCCAAUACCCCAAGAUCAAGAUGUACACCAACCACGGCUGCGGAUGGUGCCAUCGUGUGCACAUCACCCUGAAGGAGCUUGGCCUGGACUAUGAAGAAGUCUUUGUCGACCUCGACAAUCCGAGACCGGACUGGUUCUUGAAGCUCAAUCCGCGUGGCCUCGUCCCCGUCUUCCAAUACACAGGCACACCUUCAUCCACAACCCUCACCCUGACCGAGUCCAGCCACAUCGUCUCCUUCCUAACAGACCUCUACCCAUCGCACCUCACCCCAGCCAUCUCGCUCUCAACCUCAACCUCAACCUCAUCCUCACCAUCGCCCUCAUCCUCACCUGACGACAUCGCAAUCGCCAAAGCCCACCUGCGCUAUCGCAUGUCCUUCUUCAUAGACACCUUCUUCUCCAAAGUCAACCCAUACAUGUUCAAGCUCGUCGGCGCCGACAACGACGAAGCCCAGGCCAAACUCGUCGACGAAUGCAUUGCCCUGCUCGAAAAGGAAAUCGAGCCUCUCCUCGCCGAUGCCAGUCCCUACUUUGGAGGAAGUGACAGGAUCACCAUUGUCGAGGCCAUGACAACCCCCUUCACCCUCCGCCUGCACGACUUCGCCAACGGCCAAAUAUUCCCAACCUCGCUGGCCGAGCGCAUGACGGCUAGUCCCACACUGCCUAACUUCGGGCGCUGGGUGAAACGCUGCAUGGCCCAUCCCAGCGUCACCUACGUCUGGGACAAGGAGUACUACCUGCCCCGGAUCGUGGAGCGACUGCCGCAGGCCAAAGCGAAAUAUGCUUCAAAGUAAAUAGUACCCAAGGGUUCAAGCAAUCAUCGAGCACUCGGAGUCGCUGACUUCGUCCCGGGGGGGGGCAAUGGAUCCGGUAGAAUAGCACCGUCAGCAACUUAAGAACUCUCGAAGAAGAGGAAAAAGGGGGCGGGAAGCAUCCAGAUUGACAGCCAAGUUGUUUCGCGUUUCGGGAUCAC